CGGGACGAUAUUGGAGUCGCUCACUUCACCACCAGUGACUCUGCAUGAAAGGUAUGUAAGUGAACGAGUGACCCCCACACACAACACACGAGCUGGGUAACCGGGUAGCUGGAGGAAGAAAAGGUUCUCAACAUGGACAGACUGGAGCUCAUAUCUCGUUUUAAUCGCAAAACCUUUCUCAAGUCAGCAGGAACAUCUGUUCUCUUGUACGUGAUAUACCGCGUUAUCAAGUUCCUGGUCUGGUAUCGCCGUUUCUUCAAGUUCUUCAACAACUGUCAGGGCGUUAAGGACUUCUCUUGGAAGACAGGCAACCUGCAUGUGUACCCCCAGGAUUUUGAAAAGCGGGCCCUGGUAGACAAAGAAUGGAUGAGAAGGUUCCCCAAGUACCACAGGAUCUGGAGAGGUCCGUUCCUGCCUGUAAUCAGCGUCUUCCACCCUGACACUAUCAGACCCAUCAUCAAGAGUUCAGAACCGAAGCCAAGAGGUCUUUUAGGCCCGUACGAAAAUCUCGUCCCCUGGCUCGGGGAGGGCCUUUUGAUUGCUGGGGGACAACGCUGGUACCGAUCACGCCGUCUGCUCACACCCGCUUUCCACUUCGACAUCCUUAAACCCUACGUCGAAGUCUCCAAUAACGCCAUUGACACCAUGAUGGAGAAGAUUGACAAGCACGUGGAAGGAGGCACCAGCUUUGAGUUGUUCAACAUGGUCAGUCAGUGUACAUUUGAUAUCCUGUUGAGAUGCGCCAUGUCGGUCAAGGAAGACAUACAGCUCCAGGGGGAGACACAUCCAUAUCUCAACGCAGUCAAUGAAUUACUGUCACUGGGAGUAGACAGGAGCUUCAAACCUUGGCACCUCUUUGACUUCGUCUUUUACAAUACGGCUGCGGGAAAGAAGUUUAAGAAGCAUUGUGACUUUGUACAUCGCUGGGCGGAAGACAUCAUCGACAAGAGGCGGCAGACCUUGGAGAGAGAUGGUCCCCCCAAGGCCCGCUACCUGGACUUCCUGGACGUCCUGCUCAGUGCCAAAGAUGCUGAUGGCAAGGGCCUCACCCCGCUAGAGAUCAGGAAUGAAGUCGACACGUUUCUAUUUGAAGGUCACGACACAACGACCAGUGGAAUAUCAUGGACGCUGUUUACCAUGGCCUCCAAACCCGAGUUCCAGACCAGGAUCCAGGAGGAACUGGACACACUACUGAAUGGAAGAGAGUCCAAGCACAUCACCUGGGAUGACAUCACCAAGCUGGAGUAUCUGACCCGGUGUCUGAAGGAAGGGAUGAGGUUCCACUCACCCGUUCCGGCCAUUCUCCGAAAACUGGAAAAUCCCUUGGAAAUUGAUGGAAAGGUGUUCCCAGUUGGGACCCUUAUCGGCAUUAAUAUAUGGAAGGUUCAUCACAACCCGGAAGUGUGGGAAGACCCGGAAGUGUAUGACCCUGAUCGGUUUCUGCCCGAGAACAUCCAGAAGAAGGACAGCUACUCUUACAUCCCCUUCUCUGCAGGCCCAAGGAACUGUAUUGGACAGCACUUCGCCCUGAACGAGCAAAAGGUCAUGCUUGGAAGAAUUCUUGAAAGAUACACGUUAGAAGUAGAUCAAAGCCAUAAAGUCGGACGAAGGACUGCCGCUGUGAUGAAGUCAACUGAAGGAUUGUGGGUGUACGCUAGACACAGACAUUGAACAUUCCAGUUGAACCUAUUGACGCCGAACUUUCCAGAUUGACAUACUGACACUGAACAUUCCAGAGGUACAUAUUGGCACUGAACAUUUAGAGAGGUACAUGCUGACACUGAACAUUCCAGAAGAACAUAUUGACACGGAAUAUUUCCAGAGGAACAUAUUGACACUGAACAUUUCCUGAGGAACAUAUUGACACUGAACAUUUCCUGAGGAACAUAUUGACGCUGAACCUUCCAGGGGGAAGACAUUGACAUUAAACAUUAUAGAGGAGCAUUCUCACCUUAAACAUUACAUACAGACAUGCUGGCAGUGAAUAUUCUAGCAGAGCAUAUUGACAUUGCACAUUACAGAGGGACCUGUUGGCAGUGAUCAUUCCUACGGCCUACGAUGAACUUAAAGGAUUUGGAAAUAGGUGAACAGAAAAUAUAUUAAACAGUUGUGUUCUGAUUAUCAGUAAUCAGCGUACACGGUUUGAUCAGUGACUGCCUGAUAAGGCCGAUCGGUGGCAUGAUGCAGAUCCUAAUUGCGACAUGAUUGUUCUUGUCAUACCUUAUUCUAGUAAACCUGUGUUUUCUUCAUGUAUUUGCCUAUUGUCUCAGACCUGGCGGGAACUCAGCACUUUGUAUUGGUCCCCUGGGCGAAUCGCAUGUUUGGAUUGUGAACGUUUGAUCAUCAGAUAACACUAUUGUGUUUGUAUGUUCUGUCUUUCUGUGAAAUCCAUGUUUCUUUGAUUUCCAACACAUGUGAAUAGAUGAAAUAAAUGUACUCACGAGGUCAUCUAUAUACCUGAACCUUAGAGGAACCUUGUGGUUCAUGUAUAUAAACACUUCAUGUGUAUAAAAGUCAGUGCAAAGAAAAA